UAAUAUGUUGUUAGUUUUUAUUAUUUAUUGUAUUCAUAUUGUAUUAUCAAUAAAAACAAAACUAGUCGAUUCGCGUCAGAGCGCGACGUACACGUCGUCGGAAUCGAUUUAACAGAAACUUCACCGUACGACAUGGAAUUUUUCAUACACAACCUCUGCAAAGAGAUCCUCACCGAAUGCAAAACCGAAGACGUGGAAUGCAACAACAACUUCAUCUUGUAUUACCUGAAGCUGUUAGCUCUGGAUCCGAUAUGGAAUCUGUAUCCGACGAUGAAGGAAAUCAAUCGUCUGGACGCGCUUCGGCUCAUCGACUUUGUCGUAGCUAAAAUGAAACAUCAGUAUUGUCCUUGCAUCAUCACGUUAAAAAUACAGAUGUACUUCGAGUGUAAUUUCGAGGAGAAGAUGGUGAUCGUCGGCAACGAGAAGAAAAACUUCGAGACGCGAUUGAAGCCCUCAAGGAGGAGAUACUCGAGCUGA